UUCCCUCCUUUUUCUCAGAUUUUUAAUUUUUUAAAUUUUGAUUUUUCCCUCGGCGCUUGCCGAGUUGUCCCGAGCUGGUGCCCCUCUUUCCCCGGAGCAUGGAUACGCACACGCGGUGGAAAAGGCGAAGCUGGAUACGGAGCUGGCCCGCGCUGCUCGUGCUGGGCGCCGCGGCCCUGCGCGCUGCAGCUGAGCCUGCAGAUCUCUUGAAGGUAUUAGAUUUUCACAAUUUACCUGACGGUAUCACAAAAACAACAGGGUUUUGCACAAGCAGAAGAUCUUCAAAAGAAGCAGAUGUUGCUUAUCGAGUAACAAAAGAUGCUCAGCUUAGUGCACCAACAAAGCAGCUGUAUCCUGCUUCCCCAUUCCCAGAGGACUUCUCCAUUUUAACCACUGUAAAAGCAAAGAAAGGAGGUCAGUCCUUCUUGAUCUCAAUUUACAAUGAGCAAGGGAUCCAGCAAAUUGGUGUGGAGAUGGGUAGAUCUCCUGUAUUCCUGUAUGAAGACCAUACAGGAAAGCCAGGCCCAGAAGACUAUCCUCUCUUUAGAGGCAUUAACCUAGCAGAUGGCAAGUGGCACAGAGUAGCCAUCAGUGUGCAAAAGAAAAACGUCACCUUAAUUUUGGACUGUAAAAAGAAGAUAACCAAAUUCUUGGACCGAAGCGACCACCCCAUCAUUGACGUCAAUGGCAUCAUUGUGUUUGGGACAAGGAUACUGGAUGAGGAAGUCUUCGAGGGCGACAUCCAGCAGCUCCUGAUCGUGGCGGACCCCAGGGCGGCACACGACUACUGCGAGCACUACAGCCCCGACUGCGACACYGCCGUGCCCGACUCGCCCCAGUCCCAGGACCCCAACCAGGACGAAUACUACACAGAUGGGGAGGGAGAAAGUGACACUUACUACUACGAGUACCCCUACUACGAGGAUGUGGAUGAAGCUGUCAAGCCAGAAGCACCCACCACCAAACCCGGCCCUGCAGAGGCGGCCGCGGGAGAGGGACCCGAGACCAAAGAGGACUACCCUGCGCCCACGCAGUCACCUGAUGGAGAAGCCCCCGGCAAGGAGACGAAGAAGGAGCGCGAGGUGGACGACCCCAUCGUGGACGAGUACAACUACGAGACCAUCAACGAGGAGUAUUUCACCCCUCCGCCUUACGAGGACAUCAACUACAACGAGGAGCUGGAUCCGCAGGGCGGCCUUACGGAAAACGCGGUUGAAGCGGAGCUCCCCACUAGCACCGUCGUCACCUACAAUGACACCGAGGCUGGUCAAGGAGGAGAGGACCUGGAUAAAGAUUUCACCGAAGAGACCAUAAAAGAAUAUGAUGGGAAUUACUAUGACAGCUAUUAUGACCGGACGGUCUCCCCUGAUAUUGGGCCAGGAAUGCCUGCCAACCAGGACACCAUCUACGAAGGGAUUGGUGGCCCACGGGGUGAGAAGGGGCAGAAAGGCGAGCCUGCAAUUAUCGAACCGGGCAUGCUGGUUGAAGGUCCACCCGGGCCUGAAGGGCCAGCGGGCAUGCCAGGACCGCCAGGACCAACUGGACCUGUGGGCCAAAUGGGUGACCCUGGGGAGAGAGGACCACCUGGCCGCCCAGGUCUUCCAGGAGCAGAUGGUUUACCCGGACCGCCAGGGACAAUGCUUAUGUUGCCUUUCCGCUUCAGCGGUGGAGGAGAUGCUGGCUCCAAAGGACCUCUCGUGUCGGCGCAGGAGGCCCAAGCCCAAGCCAUCCUGCAGCAGGCGAGGCUGGCGCUGAGAGGACCGGCCGGCCCCAUGGGCCUGACAGGACGGCCAGGCCCCGUGGGACCGCCGGGCAGCGGAGGACUGAAGGGUGAAGCAGGAGAGAUGGGACCGCAGGGUCCACGAGGCAUCCAAGGCCCUCCAGGUCCUGCAGGAAAACCAGGCCGCAGGGGACGCGCUGGCAGUGAUGGUGCCAGGGGAAUGCCAGGCCAGACAGGCCCAAAGGGUGACCGAGGGUUUGAUGGCUUGGCUGGUUUGCCUGGCGAGAAGGGCAAUAGGGGAGAGCCUGGUCCCCACGGCCCCCCAGGAGCGCCCGGAGAGGACGGCGAGAGGGGAGAUGAUGGAGAAGUUGGACCUCGAGGGCUGCCUGGUGAACCUGGACCUCGAGGACUGCUGGGACCCAAGGGACCACCGGGUCCUCCAGGGCCACCGGGUGUGGCUGGUAUGGAUGGACAAACCGGUCCCAAGGGGAAUGUGGGUCCUCAAGGUGAACCGGGUCCUCCAGGACAACAGGGUAAUCCAGGUGCUCAGGGUCUUCCAGGUCCACAAGGCCCAAUCGGUCCCCCAGGAGAGAAAGGGCCGCUGGGCAAACCUGGUCUUCCUGGCAUGCCUGGUGCUGAUGGUCCUCCGGGUCAUCCUGGCAAGGAAGGUCCCCCUGGAGAGAAGGGCAGUCAGGGUCCACCAGGUCCUCAGGGCCCCAUAGGAUACCCAGGACCACGCGGAGUCAAGGGAGCAGAUGGUGUUCGUGGAUUGAAAGGUACCAAAGGUGAAAAGGGUGAAGAUGGUUUCCCUGGCUUCAAAGGUGAUAUGGGCAUCAAGGGAGACCGGGGUGAAAUUGGUCCUCCUGGCCCCAGAGGUGAGGAUGGUCCUGAAGGCCCCAAAGGUCGCUCUGGUCCCAAUGGAGAUCCCGGUCCUCUUGGUCCUGCUGGAGAAAAGGGAAAACUUGGCGUUCCAGGAUUACCAGGGUACCCUGGAAGACAAGGACCAAAGGGUUCGAUCGGGUUCCCAGGAUUUCCAGGAGCCAACGGAGAGAAGGGUGCACGGGGGACACCUGGCAAACCAGGUCCAAGGGGGCAGCGCGGUCCAACGGGUCCACGUGGCGAAAGAGGCCCUAGGGGCAGCACUGGGAAACCCGGCCCGAAGGGCAACUCUGGUGGUGACGGCCCCCCUGGUCCUCCUGGCGAAAGGGGACCACCAGGGCCUCAAGGACCAACUGGAUUUCCGGGACCAAAAGGCCCCCCUGGUCCUCCUGGAAAGGAUGGAUUGCCUGGUCACCCCGGACAGCGAGGAGAAACUGGCUUCCAAGGCAAGACUGGCCCUCCAGGCCCUCCUGGUGUCGUAGGCCCUCAGGGUCCGACUGGUGAGACUGGCCCAAUGGGUGAGCGGGGACAUCCAGGCCCUCCCGGUCCCCCUGGUGAACAGGGUCUUCCUGGUCUCACUGGAAAGGAAGGGACCAAGGGUGACCCUGGCCCCGCUGGUCUCCCGGGAAAGGAUGGUCCACCUGGCUUGCGAGGCUUCCCUGGAGAGAGGGGCCUCCCUGGCCCCAUUGGUGCUCCGGGACUGAAAGGCAACGAAGGUCCUCCAGGCCCCCCAGGUCCAGCAGGCUCUCCUGGUGAGCGAGGUCCUGCGGGUUCAGCCGGCCCGAUAGGACUUCCAGGACGCCCUGGUCCCCAGGGACCUCCAGGACCGGCUGGUGAAAAGGGAGCCCCAGGUGAGAAAGGUCCGCAAGGACCAGCUGGUCGGGAUGGCAUCCAGGGCCCUGUUGGUCUCCCAGGGCCAGCAGGUCCUGUUGGGCCACCUGGAGAAGAUGGAGACAAGGGUGAGAUUGGAGAACCUGGUCAGAAGGGCAGCAAGGGYGACAAAGGAGAACAGGGUCCACCAGGUCCUACAGGACCACAGGGUCCAAUCGGUCAACCAGGCCCAGCGGGUGCUGAUGGAGAGCCGGGUCCCAGAGGACAGCAAGGCCUCUUUGGUCAGAAAGGUGAUGAAGGACCCCGAGGUUUCCCUGGUCCCCCCGGCCCAGUAGGCUUGCAGGGCUUGCCUGGACCACCUGGUGAGAAGGGAGAAACAGGCGAUGUUGGGCAAAUGGGCCCACCAGGCCCACCUGGACCCAGAGGUCCAUCUGGACCACCAGGAGCAGAUGGUCCACAAGGUCCUCCUGGGGGAAUAGGAAAUCCUGGCGCAGUAGGAGAGAAGGGUGAACCUGGGGAAUCCGGCGAGCCGGGUCUUCCUGGGGAAGUGGGCCUCCCGGGUCCUAAAGGUGAAAGAGGUGAAAAAGGUGAAGCGGGUCCCUCGGGUGCUGCUGGGCCACCAGGCCCUAAAGGUCCCCCAGGUGACGACGGUCCCAAGGGCAGCCCCGGUCCAGUUGGCUUCCCUGGUGACCCUGGUCCUCCUGGAGAACCUGGUCCAGCUGGUCAAGAUGGUCCCCCUGGYGACAAAGGCGAUGAUGGCGAGCCUGGGCAGACUGGUUCCCCUGGUCCCACAGGAGAGCCGGGCCCCUCCGGACCACCAGGAAAAAGGGGUCCCCCUGGUCCAGCUGGUCCUGAAGGAAGACAAGGAGAGAAAGGAGCCAAGGGUGAAGCUGGUUUGGAAGGACCUCCCGGGAAGACUGGUCCAAUUGGACCCCAAGGUGCUCCAGGGAAACCCGGCCCUGAUGGCCUUCGAGGAAUUCCUGGUCCAGUUGGUGAACAAGGUCUCCCAGGGUCCCCUGGCCCAGACGGUCCUCCAGGCCCAAUGGGCCCACCUGGUUUGCCUGGUCUUAAAGGAGACUCUGGUCCCAAGGGUGAGAAGGGUCAUCCAGGCUUAAUUGGUCUUAUUGGACCGCCAGGCGAGCAGGGAGAGAAGGGUGACAGAGGUCUCCCAGGACCCCAGGGCUCAGCCGGCCCCAAAGGAGAGCAGGGUAUCACAGGGCCUUCUGGACCCAUUGGACCCCCAGGCCCACCAGGAUUACCGGGUCCACCUGGUCCCAAAGGUGCUAAAGGAUCAUCAGGUCCAACGGGUCCAAAGGGUGAAUCUGGUCUACCUGGGCCCCCAGGACCUCCUGGUCCUCCUGGAGAAGUCAUCCAGCCCCUGCCCAUCCAGGCAUCCAAGAGGACCAGGCGAAACAUCGAUGCCAGCCAGCUGGUGGACGACGGCAAUGCGGACAACUAUAUGGACUAUGCAGAUGGCAUGGAGGAAAUUUUUGGCUCACUGAAUUCCUUGAAACUGGAAAUCGAGCAAAUGAAGCAUCCUUUGGGCACUCAACACAACCCAGCUCGCACCUGCAAGGACCUGCAGCUCUGUCACCCUGAUUUCCCAGACGGUGAAUACUGGGUUGAUCCUAACCAAGGAUGCUCUCGGGACUCUUUCAAAGUUUACUGUAAUUUCACAGCUGGUGGAGAGACUUGCAUCUUCCCUGACAAGAAAUCAGAAGGAGCUAGRAUUACUUCUUGGCCCAAGGAAAACCCAGGCUCCUGGUUCAGUGAAUUCAAGCGCGGUAAACUGCUCUCCUACGUGGAUGCGGACGGGAACCCCAUCGGCGUGGUGCAGAUGACCUUCCUGCGGCUGCUGAGCGCCUCGGCCCGCCAGAACAUCACCUACAACUGCUACCAGUCCGUGGCGUGGCACGACGCCACCACCGACAGCUACGACAAGGCCAUCCGCUUCCUGGGCUCCAACGACGAGGAGAUGUCCUACGACAACAACCCCUACAUCCGAGCCGCCCUCGACGGCUGCGCGGCAAAGAAGGGCUAUCAGAAGACUAUCCUGGAGAUCAACACGCCCAAGGUAGAGCAAGUCCCUGUAGUCGACAUCAUGUUCAAUGACUUCGGAGAAGCCUCACAGAAAUUUGGAUUCGAGGUGGGACCAGCUUGCUUCUUGGGCUAAGAGCCACCUGAAAACUAGUCUCCAAAUGAGCAACCUCGUAACCUCAUUGCGCCAUUUAACGAAUUAAAAAAAUCAAAAAAAAAAGAAAAAAAGAAAAUCCCUUGUCACAUGCACGUUCUGAAACUGGACAGUGAUGGGUUGUUGGUUUUUUUUUUUUUUUUCUUCCCCGUUUUGUUCCUCGUUUUUUCCCGAAUUCUCCCACGUUGCCGGGAUCACCGACCRAGAGCCGCAUCCCCGCUCCGGGCGCAGAAUCGCACGACCCUCCGUGGGGAAUCCGCAAGCACAAGCAGAGCUAGGACUUUCUCUUGCCGUGCCGUGACGCCCAGCGCUUGUCUCUAGGUUAUUUUCUCCGUUGGCUUGCUUUAUUCCUAAGGGAAAAAAAAAUAUAUGGAAAAACUUGAAACUCCUGCGUUCAACUUGAUGUUGAAGUCCCGACUAACCCGAGCCCUGCCGCGGGGCAGCACAGCCGGCUCGUUGACUUCCAUGAGAUCUGGAUGCAAGCAGAAGUAAUGACCAUCUCCAGAGUUUCCAGUGCCUCCAUUGAACCAUCUAUUAUUACUUUUUUUAAUCAAAAAUUAACCCGAUAAAUUUGACAGCAAAAACAACGACGAAAAAAUCACACUGGGCAUCUCCUUCCCGGGUGUUAAAGGUGCUUAUAUUUUUGUAUGUUUGUAAGUAAAUAUAUGUAUUUUAUAUUAUUUUAAAUGUUUAAACGUCUCCAGCUUCAAAACAUGCAUGUGACCCUGUCCGUAUUGUUGCUCACCUCCCAACCACGYGGCCCCCUCAAAAUGCCAUCGUUGGUCCCCGUUGUCCCCCCGUGCCUCAGGCCAGCAGGGACAGGGGGUGCUCGGGGGCUGCGCUCAAGCCUAAGCCUAAGCCUAAGCCGAGGUGCCAGCCAAGCAACCCCAGAGCCACCGGUGCCUUCUGGAGCCGUUUGCUCCAAAGCAAUAAUAGUAAAAGCCCCUUUUUUAACAAAAUUUCUACCAAACCCUGAUUCAAAACCAGGAUGCAGUUGAAAUAGCUUUUUUUUACUCGCUUGUUUGCCUUUAGCUAUGUGGUUUAAAUUAAUUUUUUCCUGCCUUUUUCUCCCCCUACUUCAAAAAUUCUGCUAAAAUGAAGACAUAAAUCCAUUCCUGGCGGCAGAUUGGCCUGGCAGGGGAGAUCCAUUGGUCCUCUCUUCAUAUAAUAUGUAAAAAAAAGAAAAGAAAGACGAAAGAAAAGGUGCUCUCUGUUUUUACAUUUCUCUUUGUGGUGCUAUCUAUUUGAAUAUCUUUAAUGCAACAGUGGUGGUUCCCUGCCAGUGGCCAGCCUCCCGCAUCCUUCAUUUCCCAUGCAGAGUGCAUGCCUCUCUGGUUAGAAAUUCAUGCCGCCUUCCUCCGUGUUAUGUAGGAAACCUGCUUUUUUCUCCAUUGUAUUGUGGUUUCUUAUGUGGCCCAUAUAGAAAGUAAUUAAAUGUGCUGUUUUCUUCUUUUUUUUAUUUUUUUCCAAGAAUAUUCAUGCAUUUUAUGCAGCAGUAACCAGGCCAGCCUGUACUCGGUCGCUCCGUGUUCGUGGUGCUAAUUUAUGUAUUUGUUCCCGUAUGGAGGUGAGAGGAUGCAGCUCCCACAGUGUGCAAUUUUCCUUGUCUUCCCAUGAACGCCUUUUUCUCCCAUGUGGCAUUUU